CAGUAGUGCCCAGCUAUUAGUGGUGAUCUCUUUGUCCAAAGCAAAUUACUUUGUAAGCAUUUCCCUUUAUAUUAUUUCACCUCCUAUUUCUCUCCAUCACCUUUUCUUUUUUAUUUUGUUUAAUAAAAAAAAAGCAAAAACUGAAUAUAUUUCUUUAAAAUUAUAAAACAGUUUUGCCUUCAGAGUAAAUUUGCAAAUAUGUCUUCGCCAGCAAGUGAACAGCUUCUUCGGAAACAGUUAAAAGAAAUUCAAAAAAAUCCUCCUCAAGGCUUCAGUGUGGGAUUGGUAGAUGAUAAAUCCAUUUAUGAAUGGGAAGUUAUGAUCAUCGGCCCCGAUGACACACUUUAUGAGGGCGGUUUCUUCCACGCGACUUUGACAUUCCCUCAGGAUUACCCUUUAAUGCCACCAAAAAUGAAAUUCACUACCGAAAUUUGGCAUCCUAAUGUACACCCUGAUGGUGAAGUCUGUAUCUCCAUUCUUCAUCCUCCCGGUGAUGAUAAAUUUGGUUAUGAAGACGCGGGCGAGCGCUGGUUACCUGUUCAUUCACCUGAAACCAUUUUGAUCAGUGUUGUUUCCAUGCUUUCAUCUCCAAACGACGAGUCUCCAGCUAAUAUUGAUGCAGCCAAGGAAUUCCGCGAGAAUCCUCAAGAAUUCAAAAAACGUGUAAGACGUCUUGUCCGACGAUCUACCGAAAUGAUGUAAAAACAUGUACGAACAGUUAUAGAAAAAUGAAUCUUUUAGUUUUUAUUUUAAAAAAUAUACGGUCGAGCAUUUAACAAGCCAGGUAGUAUUACUACUACUUAUAUUUCCUCUAUGGUAAUUUUGGAAUUUGCAUCUGGUUUCGAUUCGUGUUCAUUCAUUCACGCGAUAGUAACAUCUUUGGUGUGAAAGGACUUGAUUUGUCUUGUGCCCAUCCUUAUUUUUUGUUUUCCGGUCAGUAAUGGUGAAUUAGGAAUUGACAACACUAAAAUCAUAUAACCUUCACGUAUUUUACAUCAAGUAUUAUUCUUUCUAAAAUCUUACUUCGGACUCGAUAAUCGUCUCCAACAACAAAGUGUGGACUGACAUGCUCUUUUGGUGAUAUAUAAGAUUCUCUUUCAAUUUCGAAUUACUUUCUUCAUGCCAUUAUAAACCCUAUAUACUCUCAGUGCUUGUUCAGUGUAUUAACUGUUACAGUUGAGGAUGGGUAUAAGCAGUCUUUUGGAACGAAGAAAGUGUAUAAACAUAUGCUGUUUCCUCUUUUCUUGCUUUCUCAAUUGUUGAUACUGUUACUGUACGAAUCUUCACGAAAUGCCAUUCUCUAUUAUUCACUCAAGCAACUUAUGUUGAUUGCAGUAUAUCAUUAUCAUUUAGAGAGAGAAAGGUUAAUCCUUAUGUAAAUGUUUUAGUAACCUGUGCUAUCUUUGACUAUGCCUACUUGAUUAUUUCUCAACAGUUAAGGGAUAGACAAAUGCUCUCAAUUCAAAUGUGUAUAAGACGCUUCGCAUAGCUCAAUCUUUCAAGUCUAAGAUUGUUAUGAAUUAAUUAAGUAACUAAACUACUGUCCAUUCCUACGUGUCUUUUUGGUUUGUAAAUCCAGCAACUUCUUUUGUUUACUGAGUAACAUGGUUACCUUUAAUGUGAUGAAGUAAACUAGAGAAAACAACCAAGAAGGGCGUAUGCUAAAUUAGCAAAUACAAUACAGUUUGUA